UCAUCUCCCACCAAAGACUUUCAUCUACAUGCUGCUCCUCCGCUUCAUUUUCUAGUUUUUAAUCUUUUUCUUGUUCUUCGUCUAGGGUUAGGGUUACAGGUUUCCCUUAAGCAGCCAUGGACCGAAAGCUUCGCGACUGGUCUACUCUUCCAGUAGACUUACUUGCCGUAAUUGCAGGCGGCCUGAAAACGCCAAGCGACAAGCUGCGUUUUGGUGCGGUAUGCAAGAAAUUUCUGCUAGCCAUAUGUUUUCACAAAAACCGACCUUCCUUUAAAGCCCUCAGAAUCCCUGUCCCUGCCCCAGCUUCCAAAAAAGACAUUAAACCUCCUGAACGUUGCUUUCAGGGAUACCUUGUUCUCACUGAAUCCGUUUUUUACGCCAUUGAACCCUUACCCACCAGAACCCCAGAUAGAAAUGUUUCAACAUUCAUCAUCAGAUUAGAAAAAUCUUCCCUCACUGGAAGAAUGAAAGUGAAGGAGCCUCUCUCCAGGUUCCGCUUUCGGCAGUUAGCAAGGUCGUUACCCAAAACCCUUAAUUUAAUGGACUUUCAGGUCCAUGAGUUACACGAAUCGUACGGUCUAGAUUUUUUUGUUGUCAGGAAGAGAAAAGAUAGAUACAUGAAUUAUGACCAGAUGGAGUCUUCUUCUUCCUUCCAUAAAGUUGUUGUUGCAACGUGUCUCGACAAGCAUUAUCGUGAUUUCGCAGUAAUGGCGACACAGGGAUUUGGAGAGUUGAGCCUUUGGAGAAUCGGUGAGCCGGAAUGGAUUAGCAUUUAUGAGCUAAGUAAGAGAAGUUUUUCUGGGGUUGAUGUUGUGUAUCACAAGCACAGAUUUUAUGCCAUUGAUGUUCGUGGAUUUGCAAUAUCCAUUGACCAUCGAACUUCAAAGAUUUCUUACGCUGCAAAUGAGUUUUAUGAGCCAAUUCCUGGGCUGAAAUAUUUAGUGAGCUCUCUUGAUAAUUUGUUUCUUGUUGUUAAAACGCAUUUGCCUUUUCGGGAAGAGCUUGGCUAUGGGAUUUGCAUGUCUGUUUAUGUGCUCGAUGAAGUGAACCAUGCGUGGCUUUACGUUGAAGGGGGCCUCGAUGAUCGAAUUUUCUUUGUGGGGGAUGAUUGUUCUUUCUCUGUUUCUGCUGAGGAUUUCCCUGAGCUCCGAAGCAAUUCUGUUUAUUUUAACGAUGAUGAAUUUGCUGAAGCCAGUGAGGCGCAUCCAGGGUGGUAUCCUGGAAUUUAUGACGUUAAGUAUGAAAUGAUCGGGCCAAUUUCAGGAUUUCCUCGUCACUCAAAGCUGUUUUGGCCGCCACCCAACUGGUUGGCCAGGAUCCCCGCCGCCAGCGCUGGUGCUAAAUGUUAGUUAGCUAAUUGCAUGGUGGAGCCAAUCCUUUUAUGCAUUUCGGAAGCAAUUUAUCAUCUCCUACUAAAGAAAUUUCGUACUAAUAUAAUAAUUAUUUCUUGCAGUCGAAUACGAAGAAUACUAGUAGUUUGUUUAUUAUUUAUCAGUUUACUGGUGCUGUUGUUGCUUUGAACUUAUCAUACACCAUUCAACUUCUAAAUCUGAAGACAUAUAGUUAUUAAUUAUGUUUUAUAUAAUGUGCUAAUUAAUUAGUGUCAUCUUGAUUUUUUCAUAA